UCAAGCGUACAACUCGAUAAGUGGAAAUUCGUGAGAAGUGAUAUACAAUCCAAAGCACAGACCACUUAUCCAAAGAAGCUCAGGCAACCUCAUUAAGUCAACCAACUCAUUAAAUAGCUCCAACGUCACCUCGUUAAAUCCGUAUAAUUAUUCAUCCCGAAGCCAUGCUGCAUUGUUCUGAUCCACUGGGAUUUCCAUUGUUUUUUUGGUAUACCGAAGCUGCGUUUGCGUUAAAGAUUUUAUUACUCGCUUGCAUUAACAAGAAGACCUAGUAACCCACAGCAAGCUUAGAAAGUAUUAAAAGUUUUAUGAAAACCCGGUAUAACCGUACAGUGUGAAAAUUUAAAGAUAUUUUUCUGUCUCGAAUGUCACCUUUAAGGUACCUUUGAUACCAUUCAUUAAUCCUGAUAUUUUAUCUGAAUCAUUUACAGAUUCAAAAUAUCUCUUUACACUGCAUUAACUGCAAUAUCAUGUAUAUUGAAAAACACUUUUUUUUCUAGCAAUCGAUUCAGCACUAUCUAUUGAUACUUUGGGUAAGUUCGCUAUGUAAUCCUUCGUAUAUGGUACUUUUGAAGUUACGCCUAGCAAUAAGAAGGAUCCAAAGGGGUAUAGCUAUCCUAUCGGUUGGGUUUCCAAUAUCGAGAUCUGCGGGUCGUGAGCAAACCUUAUGUUGGAAGUCUACAUGAAGGACAUGCAAUCUACUUCAAUCACAUGCAAAUCCUGACAAGUUACACCGAAAACCUCAACAUGGUCUGGAUCUUCUUGUUCGCAUUGGAUACAGAGCAUUCUGAUAUCAUUGUUAAAUAAGUUAAUUUGAAAGGAGACAAUAAUUUUUCAAGUAUUUCAAAAUUAAAGAAUAAGUACAGCAUUCUUUCAAAUCGAGAUGGAGAGAGAGACAGGGGGAGAUUGAGAGAGAGAGAACGAAUAACGCUAUAGCACACAUGAUCCAAUUGGCAAGUUCAAAUGCGGAGCAAUUGGAAUACACUGAAUGGAGCCAUGUGUCAGAAUUUAAAUAGAAUGAAAGAAGCACAUAGGAGACGACGUGUCAGAAGUUUGAAGUCCGAAGACGAAAGCGGAUGAAUGUAGAACUUGAAAGUGAUACCGAUUGGAAGAAGCGAGUGUAAGUAAUUUGAAUAAAAGUAUAAAAACUAAACAAGAAUUAUAAUAGAAUGCAGAAAAUAUCGAAAGAGACAAUUUUUUCUCACAAGCCAAUAAUUUUGUUUGUUCAAUUUAGUAAGAAUAAUCUAAUAAGCGUAUUCUUAAUUGAUAUUAUAAACAUGAACGUUUUAUAACGUCAUUGUCGAACAGCUAUCCAAUGGUUACCAAUAAACUGUAUACAGAUCGCAUUUAAUCACUUGAAUUUACAGCGAUGCCGUAUUUCGAUAAAGUUAAUUACAAGUCAAGACUGCUCCAUCAUAAUUACGGCUUAGCAGAGAGACAUCUUGAUAAUGGAUUUCUUCCAGAUAGGUACUUAUGCAAUAAUAAACUUUCAGCGUCGUUACUCUCACGGCGAUGUUCCUCGAAUCAGUAGCAGAUACCAAACGAUAAAACGAGUAUGUAAAAUUAACGUGAACCGUGUGUUAUAAUUAUUCUUCAAAUUAUAUUAUCGAAGUACUACGUUUCAAUUCCAUAGGAAAUUGCUUACGCGGAUUUUACGAUGAGUUAAAGUGUUUUUCUCAGCGUAGCAAAGUAAUACUCCUCGCUGUGACGAAGCGACCAACUGCACUUAAAAUGCAUCGACGCAUCCUCAGUGCAACGAUAUUUCUGCUCGCUCUCGUAAUCAUCGAGAGUAACGCAACAAUUCCGGAUAAAACUUCCGCUUCCGAUUUGCCACAUCCAAAAGUCAAUUGGAAUGAUUCCGUCUCGUAUCGACUUCCGUCCGAAAUUAUACCGCAUCACUAUACUCUUCAGGUUGACGUUAGAAUGAACGAAGAGGAUUUCUUCUUUACCGGCACCGUUCAUAUUUCAGUCAACGUUAACGUACCGGUGAAAAGGAUAGUUCUACAUGCGGAUUCUCUGGUUAUAUCUGAAAGUGCAACCAGAAUCGUUGAAGAAAGUAGUAACAGUUCACUGGUGAUUAUUAGCCAGACAUCCGAGACCGUGCCACAGUUUUAUAUAAUUAAUUUAGCCGAGAAUCUUCGAUUAGGAAAUUACAAAAUUUCUUUGUCGUUCAGUGGAAAUAUUCUUGAGAACCGGAUCGGACUGUGCAGGACCAGUUACGGUACAAGUGGGCCGAAUUGGAUGGCGAUUACGCAAUUUGCUACAACGUACGCGCGACGUGCUUUUCCGUGCUUCGAUGAACCAGGAUUGAAAGCAACUUUUGACAUUUCUAUUAUACAUGAAAAUUAUCGAUUUGCUUGGUCCAACACGCGUGCCACCCAGACUCUUCAAAACUCAGGCAGAUCAAUCACUUACUUCGCUCGAACGCCAAGAAUGUCAACUUACCUCGUGGCAUUUGCUGUAACCGGAUUCGACGGACAGUCAGCAAGACCCGGUUAUGCAGUGUCCACCAUUGUUCGUCCAGAAGCAAUGGCGUCGGCUGAAUAUUCAAUUGUGAAAGGGGAGCAGCAAUAUAGAGCAAUUCAGAAUUGGAUGGGACAGCCAGACUUUGUUGAUAAAGUCGAACAGUUGGCUGUGCCUGAUUUUCUUUACUCUGGCAUGGAAAAUUGGGGAUUGAUUACUUACAGGGAAUCGGUAUUGCUGCAAAUGGACGGAGUUACCAGUUCGAAAGAUCUACAAACCAUAACCAAUAUUAUGUCCCAUGAGUAUGCUCAUGUGUGGUUUGGUAACAUGGUGACCCCAUCUUGGUGGGACUAUGUCUGGCUGAGCGAGGGAUUUGCUACUUACUUUGAAUACUUUGGCAGUUCUCUGGUGCAUAGUCAUUGGAGACUUAUGGAACAGUAUGUCGUGAAUGUGGUACAUUCCGCUUUGAGCUAUGAUUCAUUAAGCAGCACAAGAGCUAUGAACGGCGAAGGAAUUGGGAGCCCUUCGACUAUUGCUCAAUCACUCGAUAUCGUUUCUUAUCAGAAAGCCGGUUCAGUUAUCCGGAUGUUGUCUCAUAUAAUCGGCGAGGAAGUUUUUUGUACUGGACUUCGGAAUUACUUGAAAACAAUGGCAUUGCAAGCGGCUACCCCAUCAGACCUUUAUCGACUGUUGCAAGCUGAAGCUGAUGCAAGCGGAAUCUUACAGACACACGUAACUGUAGAAAACGUAAUGAACACCUGGUCCAAUCAACCUGGAUAUCCGUUAAUUACUGUAACCAGAAAUUAUUCGAACACAGUAACGGAAGUUUCUCAGGAACGCUUUUAUUUGGAUGCUGAUUUAAGUACAGUGAAUCCGGAUAAAUUUCGUUGGUGGGUGCCCGUGAAUUACGCCACUGAAAAUUCAUUAUCGAAUUUCAACGUCACAAAUGCCAUUGACUGGAUACGCCCUCAAGAUAAAAGCAUAAUAAUUAGCGAAUUUAAUAGUAGCGGCUGGGUGAUCUUCAAUGUUCAACAAGUUGGCUAUUAUCGGGUCAAUUAUGACACGACUAACUGGCAUCUGUUAAUUAAUUAUCUUAGGACUAAUAACUACGACGUUAUACCGCCUACAAAUAGGGCAUCCUUGAUAGAUGAUGCAUUCAAUUUAGCAAGAGCUGGUUAUAUUGAUUAUUCGAUAGCGCUAAAUCUUACUAAAUAUUUACAUCAGGAGACUGAUUAUAUUCCGUGGGUAGCAGCAAGCAAUUCUUUUGCAUUCCUUGACGGAAGGCUUCUCAGGCAACCGAUAUAUCCCGUCUACCAGAAAUAUAUUAACAGUCUGGUCAAGAAUUUAGGAAAAUCUCUCAGUUUUCAUGAGAAUUUAUUUGAUCUUCAUAUUACCAAGCUCUUACGUAAUUUGAUAUUAACAUGGUCGUGUAAUACUAACGACGAAGACUCCUUGUAUAACGCACAACGUCUUUUUGAUAUUUGGAUAAAAGAUCCUGCUUCCACAAUUACGCCUGACCUUAAGAGUUUUGUCUACUGUUCGGGUUUACGCAGUGCUUCCCGAAAUACGUGGGAACUUGUUUGGCAAAGAUAUAUUAAUACGGAUUUAGCUAAUGAACAAAAUUUAUUACUCUCCGGUCUUGGUUGUACAGCCGAUCGUACGUCGGUCGAAAGAUAUUUGAACAUAUCAAUCGAUCCGGCGAGUCCUGUCCGUUUUCAUAACAGGAAUACAAUGUUCACUAGUGUACUGAGAAGCAAUGUUGAUAAUUGGAGCGUGGUUAAUCAAUUUGUAAAAAAUAAUGCAGACAGAAUUGUUGAUACCUCUGGAAUUUCUAGACUGUUAAGUAUGUUGAACUCAUUAGGAAACACCAUAGUAAGCAGAGAACAGCUUAAUGAGUUCCAAAAUACUCUGAGUGGCUUCAAUGAAAAAUACUUUACUACGGAUGUUAAUGUCGACGAUAUCAUAGCACGUGCCGAAAAAACUUUAGCCUGGAUUGAUAUGUAUGUUCCUGGUAUUGAAAUUUGGCUCGAAGAAAAUAUUGAAAAAUCAAGUUCGACCGCCAGUACUGUAAAUAUUUUCACAAUUACGACAGUCCUCCUUAUAACGAUUGUAAAAAUUUUGAUCGACGAUCUCAAUAAAUUUUAAUAUAAUCUAA